UGUGGGUCUUUUAUAAAGUGAAUUUGACAUAAAAACCUGUUUUUGUAUAAAAACCUAUUUCGAAAUUCUUUUUUUAUUUGUUUAUAUAAAUGUAAUAUGACCAAAAAUGUUGUCAUCAUUUACUUACCCUCUAGUAUGAGUUUCUUAUGUGGAACACAAAAGAAGAUAUUUUGAAGAAUGUUGAUCGUACCUAUUGACGUCCAUAGUAUCGUGGGGGAAAAUAAAGUCUAAGUGGACCACAACAACAUUUUUCAAAAUGUCUUAUUUUGUGUUCAGCAGAAGAUAGAAAUUCAUACACGUCUGGAACAGCUUGUGGGUGAGAAAACUAAAACAGAAUUUUCAAAACAGAACAGUCCCUUUAAACUUCUUAGUCAGUGCAGCUGAAGACAAACCACUCAAUAAAUAACUAAACUGGCCCAGCUGGAUCACAUGAGAUAUGAAAAAAAUAAGACAAAAAUAGCUCAUUUGACCCAUCUUGAGCACAACUGUGAUUAGGCCUUACAAAUAUAUGAGAACUUUUAGUUAUGUCACGUCUUUUAUCACUUAAUGCCGCUGAGAAGGCUCGUUAUUUGCCAUGAAACUUUUAUUGGCGAGUAAGUGGAAUGCAGGAUUUAUCAGCAAUUUGCACAAGCAAAGUACAAUUCAUGUAAUUAAUUUUAGGAUGUCAUGAGUUGCUCCUAGAAAGCAUGAUGUUUCUGGAUUUGAUUUGCCUUUAGUGCAUCUCGGAAACAGAAACUGGCAGGCAACUGAACAGGCAUGAGUCAUGACGCACUUUUCAGGAAAUGAAAGCUACCGCAUAUACUGAGCUAGUGAGAAACAUCGCUGUCCCAUCCGUGUACUUUUUCACAUCUACAAGUAAAAGGAUGUCAGAGAUGAGUUCAAUCCAGGACAGUUUACAAUCGAAACUGAAUCAGCUGGAGUGUCACUUCAAUUGGGACAUUAAAAAAGAGCAUCUAGUCUUGACGGAUAUCCUCAGUAAGCUAGAGGAACAGGUCGAGAUGGGUAUAGGGAAGGAGCAAGGAGUUGCACGAACUCACUGCUCUUUAGGAUAUGUGAAAUAUCUUCUUGGGAGCAAAGAAGAGGCCCUUACUCACCUGUUGAAAUCUGAGACACUCAUUAAAGAAAACCUUGGCAUCAGCUGUGACAAGACUCUCAUUGUCACCUAUGGAAAUUUAGCCUGGAUAAACUACCACAUGAAGAACUACACAGAGAGUGAAAGUUACCUGAUGAAGAUUCAGAAGAUAAAUGAAACAUUUCCAGCUGAGCUUUCCUCUGAGGUGCUUGGGGAGAAGGGAUGGGCCUAUCUUAAAAUAUCUCACAAAUAUUAUAACAAAGCCGCAGAAGUUUUUCAGAAGGCUGUGGAACUUGAUCCAGAAAAUAGCGAGUGGAACGUAGGUUAUGCCAUUGCUCUGUAUCGUACUGAAACUGAAAAAGAUUUCACUGUCGAUUCACCUGCAAUCAAGCAGCUGAAACAGGCCAUUGACAUCGACCCAGAUGAUGAUGCCUCUAGAGCUCUUCUGGGAGUUAAAUUUUUGUUUUGUUCCAAAGAGUUGAUGAAUGAGUCUGAGAAACUGAUAGAGACAGCUCUGAAGGGCUCUCCAGAAAAUCCACAUGUCAUAAGAUAUGUUGGGAAAUACUUCAGGAAUCAAGGAUCAUUAGACAGGUCAGUUGCACUGCUGAAGAAAGCACUUGAAACAUCACCAAACUCAGGUUUCAUACAUCAUCAGUUGGCAAUGUGCUACAAGACCAAGAAAAUUAAUUUAAAGAAAGAAAAACGAAAAGUAAAUAAGUCAGAGGUAAAUAAUGCACGAAAUCAGUGCAUUUACCAUUUAGAAAAGGCAAUUUCUCUAAAAGCUGGCUUUAUCAUUGCCAUGAGUGAGCUUGCAAUUCAAUAUGGAGAGAAACAUGAUCUGCCCAAGGCAGAGAAACUGUUUGAUAGAACAUUUAAAACAGCUAGAGAGAAAAAUGAUAGUGUGCAUGUUGUAAAUUUUUUCUAUGCUGAGUUCCAGCAGUAUUGUAACAGAUGUGAGGACUUAGCUAUCAGCCACUACAAGCAGUGUUUGGGAAUGAGUCCACAUACUAGUGAGGGGAAUAGAAGCGCACAGAAACUGAAGAACAUUGCCCAGAGAUAUAUCAAGGAUGACCCAGGUGAUUGGAAGGCCAAUGAAAUACUGGGAUUCAUUUAUCAAAUGAAAGGGGAAAUGUUUGGGGACACCAAGAGCUACGCAGCCACUUCAGGCAAUGAAGAGGAUGAUGAGUCCCUAAGUAAUCUGUGUGAGAUUAAUUGUAAAAUAUAAAGUUUCUACAAGGAUGCAUAAUUAACUGUUAAUGGAAAAACAACGGGCCUUAUUUGUGUAUUUAUGUGCGAAGAAAACGUACAUAAAUUUUGUUUGUUCUAAUGUUACUUAAUCUAGGUGGUUCCAAAUGAGGGAGCGAGUCUCUGCUGCUGAUUUGCAUAAUCAUGUCCAACCUAUGUGAACAUAAGGCUUUUUUCCUUUUUUUCUAUAUAGUCCCACAUCUCUCAUUUGCUAGUUUUUUUUCUCAUUCUCACAGACACUCCCGUCUGAGUGCAUGUGCGGGAGGAUCUUUGAGUAUGGCAUUCUCAAAACUAGUUGAAGACAAAAACGCUUUUAUAUAGUUUUAUAUAGUAGGCUGUUGGGCCUAAAUUUUGUCAUACAUUCAGAAUGCAUUUUUGGACACAUGAUAAUUCAUGAAUUCUGUGUGAAGAUGCUCGGAAACAGAUUUAAACUAGUGUGGAUAGUGAACAAGGCUUAAUGUGAAACCAGAGUUAUCUAUUAAAUGUUACUUUUUACGUUACAGGUCUUUUUGAUUUAUUCAGUCUUAAUUAUAGUAUAUUGUGCUGUAAGGCAAAAAAGCACCUGUUGUUAUAUAGUCUUUCAGAAUAGUAUAAUUAUGUAUUCAGAUCUAUAGCCUCUUCUUUGAACAGAAAUUAAAUGAAGGUGAUCCGGGGUCAAGAGAAGAAUUCUUUCAAUAAAACAACUGUAAAAAUCUAAACCUAAUGCAGCCCUGUUAAUCUUAAUUCAUACUGUAUGUCAGGUGUUACGUCUUCUGAUUAUAUUUCUGAUUAGAAUUUACUCAUCUUUUCUCUGUAUUUUAUUUUUCUUGCAUCUUAACAAGCUUCUUUAGUCAUUAUGCUAUUUCAUUUGAAGUUUGUUUUUGAAGUUAUUAUCUAUGUUGCAUAAUAGAAUCUGGAUAUUUAAUCCCUUAUUAGGCAUACAAAACUAAUUUUCAUAAAAUCAUGAGGUUUAAAGGAGCUGAAGAUACAGAUAAAUGUAUGUGUCCAUUGAAUCAGAUAAUGUUAUUGAUAAUAAAUAUUGUUCAUAGAUACUUAUCCUACUACUGGGGCUUUGUUUAAAAUACUGGGUAUUGUUGAUUACAGUGGCUAAAAGCAGUGUUAUGGCAGUGGUUCAUAUAUGAAUGAUAUUGUAGCUGUACUUUGUUCUUUUUAGAAGUUACUUAUUUUUGUCCCUAUUUUAGCUGUUGGGUGUUUCUCUGUUUUCUAUACCUUUUGACAAGUUGACAAGUUCUUGUGAUGGUAAUUAUUCAUGAGCACCUGCUGGUUGAUUUUGAAUGUCACUAAAUGUAUUUGUUGUUUUGCAAUUUAUCUUGUUAUAUGUUCCACAGAAGAAAAAAUAAAACAGAUUGUGAACAAGA